AUGUCUGUAUCCUCACAGCGUGCACCGCCAAAUAGGCGGCUGAAUAGUAUACAGAAUGGCAAUGGAAGGACUUACAGCAGGCCGAGGAGGAAAUCCGUCGACGGUCAAGAUGCAUAUCUAUACGCCCUCCGCGUGGCCUACCUGGCCUACCUUCAUCAACCGAGACAGAAGCGCACGAAGGUGGUCAGGCAACAAGUCCAACGGACAGCUACUUCUGCUUCUAUGCACGACCUGAUGAAGGACUUCCAGGGCAAUCGAGACUCUAAGAGUGAGAAAUACCCACACGAAUUUGUGAAGGCGUUGGAAAAACGAUUACAGACUAUCAUCAAGAGCGAGGACAAGAGACCAGAAUACCAGGAUCCACAAGUGAAGAGAACUUUUGCUAUAUUCCUAAACCACUUCUCCGAACCUACCUUUCGCAAACAAGCUCAGGAAUCGAAGCGUGCCGAGGAGUUGCUACUGAUCUUCUACACAAAAGCCAUGGCAGAAUUAUCUAGAGGGAAGCCGCCCCACGAUGAUGGUGUAAAGCGCACGGUCGACCGUCAUCUAGCUUUGUUCGUACGUCUGUUGAAUGCUACUCUGAAGGAGAAAGGCUGGGCUGAAGAGCGAAGAGAUCUUGCUGCACGGCUGAGCACUCUAGAGAGAAAGCUUCUAACACAUGAAGAAGACCUCUCAGGUCAAAAAGAGACUCGUGAAGGCACGGUAGAGGAGGAAGUACCACUGACAUAUGAGGUGAAGGAUAUGCCGCUAGUACAAAUCGUCGGCCGUAUAUUUGGCUUGCGCAAUACCAUGCUGCAAUCGGACAUCGACAAGCAUAAAAGUGAAUGGACAGAGGAUGCUGCGUUACGCGAUCUGAAGACAUACCAAGCGCACCUCAACAUGGGAACCAGGAAAACUCUAAACGAGGUCGAUUUUGAUACCAAGGAAGCUUAUGACGAAUGGAAGAAAAGUGAAGCACCCGAACUUUCCCAGAUGUUGCUUGCCAUUAUACACAUAAACCCAGCCCUUGCGAAAAAUUCGGCCGCUACUAGUCUACCUCAAAUAAAUACACGAGCCUCCAUGAUAGCUGAUGGCCAAUAUGCCGAGCUGGCCAAAGCCUUGUCGCCUGAUGCUGGAAUGCAGUUGCCUGAUCUGAAUGGCUUGCAAAUUGACGACCAUUUUACAGGCGACGACCAGUCGGGGACAGUAUACACGUUUAUUCCACCCGAUCCUCGAGGCAUCUUUCGGUACGUUAUGAACCUGGCAAUUACUUGGGAUCUCAGUGAUCAGGUUAGUGGUAAUGGAAAUGGCACCAUGCCUCAUAUACUUUCCAAGUCAUCGACAGAUUUUCUCAACGAGCUAGCUCUACGCUGGCGUAUACCUAAGUUCUCCAGAAUAGUGCUGUUCCUCGACUGUAUCAGAGAGAAAUUCGCGGAACAAAUGCUAACCCUGGAUCAGCUAGAUGCUGCAUUCAACUAUGUCAAACAACCUGUCCAGGACGACGCCAAGAACAAGCGUAGCUCACUGGUUGCGACAUCGCUGAUGUAUGAUCGGUUCAAGUGGACCAUCGCAGAUUUUACGUUGAUGCAGCAAGUUUUAGCAGGCAUUCACGACACUCUGCUAAGAGAUCUUUACGGCGCAAUGAUGACUUGCUACGACGCUAAGCAGUCCCUACUCCUUGGUCCCCUUUUAGGUCUCAUCGAUGAGCAUAUCAAGAGUGAUCCGAGUUUCAACCAAUCGCCGGACGAACUUGACCAUUUCAAACAGCAGGUAUCACAAGGACUGGAGGACAAAGCACGAGAAACCUAUGCCGAAUACGUCGAGAAGGAGGUACCUGGCGAGCAAGAGUCUUGGGAAUUUUACCAUAUUAUGCAGCUUGGUAAAAGAGUGCUAGAAAAGUUACAGAAGAUACAGAAGCGAUAUCGAAAGAAUCCUGAGAUUCUUGGCAUAGAUCCGCUGAGCAUUCUCAUAGAGUGUAUGCUACCCGCUUUCGCAGGUGACUCCAAAGCGAUGAUCGAAUCAGUCCUUGAAACAGCGAAGAGUAAAGACGAAGACGUGCCGAUUCAGGAUGGAUUCGACCUCUACAAAGAGUUGUCGAGUUUCAGGCAAGUUUAUGUCGAGGCACUACAGGGCAAACAGUUUCCCUACCGCCUCGAAGAACUGCUACAGGACUUUGUCUGGAGAUGGAUCACCGCUACAGAUGCACAAGUUGUGGGCUGGGUGGAACAAGCUAUCAAACACGAUGAUUUUCAGACCCGAAAUAAGGACAAGACCAUCCCGGCGACUGAGGACGAGAGGCACAGCAAUUCUGUUCUUGAUGUCUUCAGGUCAUUCAACCAAGUCGUUGAGCAAGUAGCGAAACUCGAAUGGGACGAUGACCUCAUCUAUGCUAAGUUUAUGACUGCCUUGGCAAAAUCAUUAGGCAACGGCAUUCAUAGGUAUUGUGAAGUGCUUGAUCAGAUCUUUCACGAGGAGAUGGACAGGCUGAUGCCGGAGCAAGAGCUCAUCCAGAAGCAAACCACACAGCAGAAAUACCUGCAGUACGCAAAAGACGCAUGGAACAACGAAACCAAGGUAGAGCCGUUCCAAUUUUAUCCCAAAUCGUUCGUUAAGCUCAACAACAUAUCUUUUGGCAUUCAGCAUUGGGAUAAACUGGAAAAGGAAAUGAAUGUGGAUGCCUGCGCCGAUGUCAUCAAGCGAUACAACCCGCCCACAGCACAACAGUACAAGAAGAAGGUUAUAAAUUAUGUCUUCACCAUCAAGCUCGUAGAAGCCGAAGGACUAAAAGCACUGGAUGUCAAUGGCUUCAGCGACCCCUAUGUUGUUCUUACAGACGAGUACCAAAAACGGCUAUUCAAAACAAAGACAAUUUACAGAAAUCUUAAUCCACGUUGGGAAGAGUCAAUUGACAUUACAACGCAAGGUGCCUUAAACGUUAUUGCAACAGUGUGGGAUUGGGACUCUAUGAAAGACCAUGACUACGUGGGCCGUACCUCUCUAAAACUCGACCCUUCACAUUUUGGCGACUUCCUGCCCCGGGAAUAUUGGCUUAAUUUGGAUACUCAAGGGCGCAUGCUUGUUAGAGUCAGUAUGGAAGGCGAAAGAGACGAUAUUCAAUUCUACUUUGGUAAGGCCUUUCGUUCACUUCAGCGCACGCAACGAGACAUGACUCGUAGUAUAACCGAUAAGUUGUCGGCUUACAUCAGUAGUUGUCUAUCUCUGCGUACUCUCCGUCAACUUACCAGCAAAGGCACAGCGGUGACCAAGGUCUCGAGCUAUAUCUCAAAAUACCGCGGAACAGCUCCACCAACUGCGCCCACAGGUCCAACAGACACCGAGAUUCACAAUGCGCUUGCACCAUUGUUCAAGUACUUUGACGACAACUUCUUCAUCAUGAACCAGACUCUAACACCUGACGCUAUGAUCGCAGUCAUGACUCGUUUAUGGAAAGAAGUCCUCGUGACGAUCGAAUCCCUCCUCGUACCCGCUCUCUCCGACCUUCCUUCACAACAAAAACAACUCAGCCAAGCAGAAGUAGACAUCGUCUUCAAAUGGCUCCAAUCUCUCUUCGACUUCUUCAACGUAGUAGAUCCAGAAACAGGACAAGCAACCGGUGUCCCCACCAACGUGCUCAAAAGUCCCAAGUACCACGAAAUCCAAACGCUGAACUUCUUCUACAACGAAACGACUGAAAGUCUCAUCCGCACCUCAGAACGCAUGGCCAGCGCAACAGCACACUCCCAACAAGCACAACGUUCACGCCUCUCUGCACCCGCACAUCUCGGCGCACCGUCUGCAGGCGGUUUACUCGCAGCCGGUGCUGCACCUGGUGCACGACGAGCGAAAUCCAUCAUGCUGGCGCGCAACCUGGGCACGAUGCGCAAAGCGAAAGAAGAGAAAUGGAAGGCGGCGCAAGCUGAGCCCAGCGAUGAUAUGAUAUUGAGGAUACUGAGGAUGAGGCCCGAAGCUGCGGGAUACUUGAGAGAUCGUUCGAGACAGAAAGAGCGACUUGCAGCUGCAGCGGCCGCGGAAAUGAUUGUGCGUCAGAGCUUAAUGAGUGGUGGUGGGAGGAUGACGGGGCCGAGUGUGAUGAGACGGGAUAGCGCAUCCUGGUAUGCGGAUUUUGCAAGCAACGAAAGAGAUGAACGGAGAGGAACGGUCACGUACGCGUUGGUCUCUCCUUACGUAUAG